UCGCCAAGUAGCCCAAUGGGAAUCAGACGCUCCUAUCCUGCUAACGCAGACUUCACCAUCAAAUCGCGCUGCGGCGCCCCAGACCCAGAGCUCACGAUCCUCGAGAGGUCGCGUUUCUGGAGCUCCGACGACUACGAGGAGAUGGGCGAGCUCGGCGAGGGCACCUAUGGCAUCGUCGUCGAGGCGCGCCUCCGCUGCACCGGCGCGACCUUCGCCGUCAAGAAGGCGCACCGCUGCCCGCACGAAGCCGACGGCAUCACCUGCGCCUGCAGCGACGCCCACUUGAUGCGGGAGGCUGCCUUCCUCGCAAAGUGCCACGGCCACCCUGCCUUCGUCCAGCUUCGGGCGAUCGCGUGCGACGCCGUCGCCGGGAAGCUCGCCGUCGUCAUGGACUACAUUGGGCCCAGCCUCGACGACGUCCUCCACGAGAACCGCGGCAGCCGGCCGUUCACGGAGGCCGAGGUACGCUGCAUCAUGCGCCAGCUCCUCGUCGGGGCCGAGCACUUGCACCGGCGCCGCAUCGUGCACCGCGACAUCAAGCCGGAGAACGUACUCGUCGGCCACGGCGGCAUCGAGGACGUCAAGCUGUGCGACCUAGGACUCGCUGUGUCAAUGGACGAGCGUCCGCCAUAUGGGAAGUGCGGCACGUACGGAUACAUGGCGCCGGAGGUGCUCCUCGGGCAAACCGACUACGGUGCCAUGGUAGACAUGUGGUCUCUCGGCUGCGUCAUGGCUGAGCUACUCACCGGAAAGUUCCUGUUCGACGCGGAUGACGAUGCUGAGAUGCUGCUUGCCAUCUUCCGUGUUCUCGGCGUGCCCUUGUUUACGACCUGGCCUGCCUACUACUCCUUGCCGCUCGCCGGGAGACUGGUAAAGACGCCACGUGUCAUCUCUCGCAACAAGCUCCGUGAGCACUUCCCGGAGGACCUGCUCUCCGAACAAGGUUUCGAAGUUCUCAAGGGCCUCCUCUCAUGCAACACCGACAAGAGGCUAUCGGCAACCGCCGCUCUCCGGCGACCAUGGUUCACCAGCGCCACCGACAAUGCCUCGAGCUUGAGUUGUCGUCUGACAAGUAUUGCUCUAUGA